ACAGGGAACCACGAUGCAGUUUUCUGGAAACAAGCGCAGAAAGCUGAAGUUAGCAGGUGACCAGAAGAAUGCCUGCUACCCUCAUAGUCUUCAGUUUUACUUGCAGCCACCUUCUGAAAAUGUAUCUUUGAUUGAAUUCGAAAACAUGGCUGUUGAUAGAUUGAAAUUGCUAAAAGUGGUGGAAAAUCUUGGGGUGAGCUACGUGAAAGGAACGGAGCAGUACCAGAAUAAGUUGGAAAGUGAGAUUCGCAAGCUCAAGUUUUCGUACCGAGAAAACUUGGAGGAUGAAUAUGAACCACGAAGAAAGGAUCACAUUUCUCAUUUUAUUUUGCGCCUUGCAUAUUGCCAGUCUGAAGACCUUAGGCGAUGGUUCAUCCAACAAGAAAUGGAUCUCCUUCGAUUCCGCUUUAGCAUUCUACCCAAGGACAAAAUUCAAAGCUUCCUCAAGGACAGCCACUUGCAGUUUGAGGCUAUAAGUGAUGCCGAGAAGACUCACCGAGACCAGGACAUUAUUGCCUCGUCGUCUGGGGGGAUUAAGCUGGACUUGGAGUCGGUGUAUAAGGUCCCUUUUGCUGAUGCUCUGGAUUUGUUUCGAGGGAGAAAGGUGUACUUGGAAGAUGGCUUUGCUUAUGUGCCAUCUAAGGACAUUGUGGCCAUUGUUCUGAAUGAGUUUAGAGCCAAACUAUCCAAGGCGUUGGCAUUAACCACCAGGUCCCUGCCCACUGUGCAGUCAGACGAGAGACUCCAGCCUCUGCUCAACCACCUCAGCCAUUCUUACACUGGCCAAGAUUACAGUGCCCAGGGGAAUUCUGGGAAGAUUUCUUUAGACCAGAUUGAUUCGCUUGCCGCCAAGUCCUUCCCGCCCUGCAUGCGCCACCUGCACAGGGUCCUGCGUGAGAACCACCACCUGAGGCACGGGGGCCGGAUGCAGUACGGCCUCUUCCUGAAGGGCAUUGGCCUCACCCUGGAGCAGGCCCUGCACUUCUGGAAGCAGGAGUUCGUCAAAGGAAAGAUGGACCCAGACAAGUUUGAUAAAGGUUACUCUUACAAUAUCCGCCAUAGCUAUGGAAAGGAAGGCAAGAGGACCGACUACACGCCCUUCAGCUGCAUGAGGAUCAUCCUCACCAACCCUCCAGGCCAAGGGGAUUAUCACGGGUGCCCAUUUCGUCACAGUGACCCAGAGCUGCUGAAGCAGAAGUUGCAGUCAUACAAGAUUUCUCCCGCAGGCAUAAGCGAGAUUUUGGACUUGGUAAAAGGGUCCCAUUACCAGGUAGCCUGUCAGAAGUACUUUGAGAUAAUACAUAAAGUUGAAGAUUGUGGCUUUUCUCUGAAUCAUCCGAACCAGUUCUUCUUUGAGAGCCAGCGGAUGCUCACCGGUGGUAAAGACCCAAAGAAGGAGCCCAGCCUUCCGGAAACCCCACAGCCCAGGCCAGGCGCUGCGGGCACACCGAAAGCCAGGGAUGCGCCCUCCACCCUGGCGGCUUUGAACUCCUCCAUGGAGGUGGAUCUGGAGGGGCUGGAGGCCUACUUCAGCUCAUGAUGGGGCACUGCUCCCACUCGUUCCAUCUCCUUUUUUCAUUGAGUUUUUCCUUUAACUUUUUCCUUGAACUUCUUUGUCCAUUUUGCUCCAGUCGCUAUGCCCACAUUUAUUAGGAAAACAGGCUUUCAGGCAAAAACAGACUUCCACUAUGUUUCGCUUUGCAGGAAGGAAGAAGGAAAAGUUUCUGCCGAAACCUUGCGGUUGAGUGUUGUGUUUGAAGCCCUGUCUUAGGGACUGAAACAGUACUCUGGGCUUCUUAAAGUCUCCAAGAAGCAGUGCAACUAGAACCAGCCUUACCUUAGCUCACAGCACCAGGUGUGGACCCAGUUCUUCCUGGACUGUGCUCUUGCUAAUCACAUGUAUCCAGGAGUCACUUGGGGGCUGCGUCCUCCUGGGUGAACCCUGCCUUAGGUGGUAGUUAGAAUGGCCAUCAGUAACGGAGGGCUCUGUAGGUACACCCUACCAGACUGUUGAUCAGAUUGCGACUUCGGAGGUAAAAACGCGCAGUCUGCAUAGCUCUUUACGGUAAGGGACAGGACUGCCCUGUGAACAGUAGCCCUGGUCUCUGCUGUGGCUUCCGCUCACCGUGGGGUCUGCGGGAAGGACAGUUAAGUACUAAGGCAAGAAGGUCUAGAGUGUUCCUUCCAGCAUCAGCGCUCACAGCUGGCUAUCCUCACCAGCCUUGCUGAUAAAUAUUCGAUAGUAGUCCCCGCUCUCGGGCAAGCAGUGGAUCUAGGAAGCCCGAUGGCCACAUACCGGG